AACAUAGAAUAGAGAUGUCUAUUAUUAUAACACGUUAACUGUCCAAGCAUAUUCUCUGGAUUCCACCAACACGUCCAUUAUGCCACAUACAUAUUUUUGUAAUAUUCCGUUACAAAGUGUUUUCAACUAUGUUUUAUAGACAAAAUCUCAUCACUCUCUCCCCUCCAUCUUCCAUGAUCACAUAUGAUUCAUGAACGUAUUGGUUAGAAUAAUAUAUGUCUCACGUCCAUGAAUCAUAAUUAUGUGAACAUAAGUCCGAUGAUACCCGAGCAAGUGAUUUGUGCAUAGACAUAUUGCCGCUAGACUAGGCAGGGUAUUGGCCGCUCUGUGUAUAAAAGUGAAAAAUGCGGGAGAUCACUCUGGAUGGUAUAGCUAUCUUUGUUUGACACACGCUCGCGCAAGCGCCACUGUAGAGCUUUAUGAGAGCUCUGCGUUUUAUCUAUUUUGCCAGGAUACCUAAUCUAGUCGUAUUUUGUCUAUGAAGAUUUGACGCUUAGAGACUUUGGGAAUGGCAUUCUUCGAUUGGGGUAUGAGUGCGACAUGAUUAGCAGUUUGUUUACUUUGAAUUUAAACCCAGUUAGUGCUAAUAACAGGACUAUUUUGCAAUGGCUUCCAGCAGACCAUUGACAGAUAGAGAACUCCAGGAGGAAAUUGACAAUAUGAGUGACAUGAAUGAUUCUGAUUUCGAUAGUGACGACAGUAUAGCAGAUGAAACGUUCACCUGCAAUUCUGGAUCAGAAAGUGAUGACAGUAGCGAUAGUAAUGGAUCUUCUCCAGUGGCGUCCGAUGAAGAUAUAGCCAAUAAUAUUCCAAAUCCCAAUAAUCUCGACACUAUUGCGUGGUCAAGUACAGUCAAGAUGUUGCAGCGACAUCAGUUUACUGGAAAAUCAGGGCUUCUGAAAAACAUUAUACGCUUUGAUGGUUCUGAUGAAGAAAUAAUUGAAGAUCUUCUUGAAGUAGCUAAAACAACAACCCAGACUGAACCAUCCACUGGUGAGCACUUCAUGUCAAAAAUACCAAGAAAGGACGACGGUAAAAUUAUAAGAAAAAGAUGCCAUGAAUGCUACAGAAAAAACCAAAGCGAACAUGGAACCCAGUUUGCUACCAAAAAAACUAAGCAAGUAGAUACUUACUGUUCCAUAUGUAAUAAGCCAUUUUGUCUAUCUUCUUUUGCUGUAACGCAUAAAAAUAAAAACCAGAAAUGAACUAAUCAUUUUUAUGUUGUAUUUUCAGAAUCAUGUUCCUUUAUUUUGUAAGCUAAACCUCUAAUAAAGUUGUAAAUAAAAGACUUUUGGAAUCAUUUUUUCGAACAUAAAAAAUUCGUCUUCGAACCAUAUAUGAUGCGCCCUGGAAAAAAAAAUUUCAAACUCAAUAUCUUCAUAAUACGUCCAUGCUAUAAACAUCUGCUUAAAUAUAACGUCCAAUUUUUAACUUAUCAUAAGGCAAAGCAAGUACAAUGCAUCAUAUAUGAUUCAAGGGCGUGUAGACAAACACGUCUAAUGAAUCACAUAUGAUUCAUGGACAGUUAACGUGUUAACUCUACCAGAAUCAUAUUAUAGAUUUCCUAAAUACCCAGCUAAUCGAACUGCUUGAUUGAAGAUGUGCCCUUAUCCCAAAUUAGAAGCAUGUACACUGAGUGACAAGAAAAGGUAAACACCUACGAAUGUUGAUCCGAU